UAUUUUCUGCAAGGGUUGAAGGGGAAAGCACGCAUGUUUCUUAGCUCUUCACGUGCUUCGUGUGAUAGCACCUCGUCGUCAUUGACACAGGACAUGCGCUGUCACAGAAUGUUGGUCAGUUGGCUGCGCAGGUCGGAGGUCAUGGGACAGUGUCAAAGGUCGGGAAACGGGAUGCGGUGAAGUUUGGAGUUUGUUUUCUUCUAGGAGUGGCCAUAGGUAUUCUACAGACGGAAGAGUAUGAACAAAAGCAUCGCCUCACACCGCCCCAGUCUCGCGUUUGAUUGAUGCGAUGCAAGUCUAGGCGAGAUUGUAACGCGGAGGAGGAAGACACAAUGUUUUGCUGUCAGCUCUGCCGAGGAAUUCUGAAGCUCAAAUACUUUUCAUUAAGAAGAUUAGUGUCUUGUUCAACGAGUCUCUGUUUUAUCCCUGAGGUGUAGGAAUACUCUCCGUCAGAUUCACAGUUAAAGCUUCUGUUGCGAAAGGAUUCACCAACGAAGGCUAUUCUGUCGGAGUUAAUGUUUGUGUGGACCGCGAAAUUGGAUAUAUGUGUUUUUAAUAAUUGAUGGAUAAACAAGGUGAUAUGUGUGGUGUUUCCUGAACAAAUUCAGGGCCUAUCCAUUGCCGAGCCGCCGUUUGAAACAUCCUAGAAGAAUUUGUCUACGUGCAUUCUUGAGUGGAAGCACCUCGUAGGGCGGAGGCUGGAUCAAGGUUCGUGGAGGUUUAUCAGAUUAUCCUGUGGUUUUAACUAGGGCGGGUGAAUGCCGAAGCCGUGCCCCGCGACCGAGCGAGGUUCGGGGAUCAUGGGGACUCUUAGGGAUCUUCAACUGGCCCUGCAGGAGAAGAUCGAGGAGCUGAGGCAGAGGGAUGACCUCAUUGACGAGUUGGAGGGGGAGCUGGACGAAAAGGAUGCUCUCAUACAGAGACUCUAUCAAGAACUUGACAAAUACCGCUCCAUUCUCAAACCCGUCACCGACAGGUCGAACUCCAGGGUCACAAACCAUGGCCCCGUGCGUGAAAGAAGCAAAAGAACUGCUAUCUCAGCUGAACCUGCUUCUGUUCGGUUUCUUCAAGCGGCAUCAUACAAAAGUAAAAGAAUUGCAAAGUCACAGACUUCUCGGGAGUUAAUAAAGCAGGCAAUCCUGGACAAUGAUUUCAUGAAGAAUCUGGAGAUGUCCCAGAUCCGGGAGAUCGUGGACUGCAUGUAUCCAGUGGAAUACUCCAAGGACAGCACUAUUAUCAAGGAGGGCGACAUGGGCAAUCUCGUAUAUGUCAUGGAAGAUGGCAAGGUGGAGGUAUCCAAAGAAGGACAGAAACUAUGCACAAUGGUACCGGGGAAAGUGUUUGGAGAGCUGGCCAUUCUGUACAACUGUACACGGACAGCCACAGUUAAAGCCCUAUACAACUGUCGACUAUGGGCGAUAGACAGAGCAUGUUUCCAGAGUAUUAUGAUGAAGACGGGUCUCUUACGACACUCGGAACAUAUGGACUUCUUGAGGAGUGUACCUACGUUUAAAGGCCUUCCAGAGGAAACGCUUAGUAAAAUUGCUGAUGUAUUAGAAGAGGCCCAUUACGGUCAGGGGGAUUUCAUUAUCAGACAAGGUGCAAGAGGGGACACAUUUUUCAUCAUUGCAAGGGGAAAGGUGAAAGUUACCAAAAAGAACUCUAAAGCGGGUUCUGAGCAAAUCAUUAGGUAUUUACAAAGGGGAGACUUCUUCGGCGAGAGAGCAUUACAAGGCGAAGACGUCCGCACCGCCAAUAUUAUAGCCAAUGAUCCAGAAGGCGUGGAUUGUUUAGUCAUCGACAGGGAGUCCUAUUCACAACUCAUUAGCAAUUUAGAUGAACUCAAGAGAAUUUAUGAAGAUGAUGAAAUAUCGGCUGGAAUUGACUCAGAAUACACCAAAUUGAAACUCAAAGAUCUCUCAGUGAUAGCGACGUUAGGCGUCGGUGGAUUCGGGCGUGUUGAACUGGUGCACGUGAACAACGACAACACCAAGACGUACGCCCUGAAGAUUCUGAAGAAACACCACAUCGUCGAGACUCGCCAACAGGAACAUAUCAUGAACGAGAAACGCAUCAUGAUGGAAGCAAGAUCCGACUUCAUUGUCAGAUUGUAUAGAACAUUCAAAGACAGAAAGUUUUUGUAUAUGUUGCUGGAGGCCUGCUUAGGGGGAGAAUUGUGGACGGUUUUACGAGACAAAGCUUCGUUCGACGACAACACGACUCGCUUCUAUACCGCCUGUGUCGUGGAGGCCUUCUCCUAUCUCCACAGUCGCGGCAUCGUCUACAGGGAUCUGAAGCCAGAGAACUUGUUACUUGAUGGCGAGGGAUAUGUCAAACUGGUUGACUUCGGAUUCGCUAAAAGGGUUGGCCAUGGCAGGAAGACGUGGACAUUCUGUGGAACGCCGGAAUACGUUGCCCCGGAGAUCAUCCUCAACAAGGGCCACGACAUCUCAGCCGACUACUGGUCGCUCGGCAUCCUUAUGUACGAACUACUUACCGGCAGUCCCCCGUUUGCUGGCCCAGAUCCGAUGAAGACCUACAACCUCAUCCUGAAAGGAAUCGACGCCAUAGACUUUCCAAGGAGAAUCACCAAAAACGCUCAAAGUUUGAUUAAAAAGCUAUGCAGGGACAAUCCCAUGGAGAGACUCGGAUUUGGUCGCAGUGGAAUACGGGAGAUUCAGAAACAUGCGUGGUUCGAGAGUUUCAACUGGGACGGCCUCAGAAACAGGAACGUCAAACCACCCAUCAUCCCUUCGGUUAAGUCAGCCACUGAUACGUCCAACUUUGACGACUACCCUGAAGACGAGGAGGAACCUCCACCAGACGAUCUCACUGGCUGGGACAAAGAAUUCUGAGACACGUGACCGGAUAUACCGUACCGGAAAUGAAAUUUGCAACGUCAUCUGUGAUAACCUGAGGACGUCAGGGCUUGCCAUGCAACCGUCGUGCCUUGCCUUUCAAUGAUAUACUUGGCCAGAGAAACGGGAUAUCUUUCAUGGUUCCCUUUCCUUCUGUGGAGAGGUGGUUUUUACAAGCCAAGAAAUGGAUAGGGGGAACUUGAAUCACAUCAAAACUUUCCAAACUGUUUAAAACAAGAUUCAUCGGUCGACAGAGUACUUAUAAUAUGUGUUGCAAUUAUGUGAUCGGUUUUGUUGGGAUAAGUGUGGGAAGUGUUUCCCGUGUUAUGUCCUAAAGCAAUAAUGAAGUGCAGUCGGCAAUUGUCAACGUUAUGAGGUGAAGAUGUUUGUCUUCCAGUUUCCGACGAAAACCUUCGGCGUUUUAAAUCUUAAUCAUCGUUUCACGACAUAUCACUGCCGUCAGCCAUUAAUUCAUAAAGGGGAGAUAACUUUAAUCUGGUUGCGUCACAAUGAGGUGAUUAUCUCCCUCUACUGAUGAUAACAUUCAGGUUUUAUAACACUGGUGUUUGUCUGAUUGAUAUUUUUGAUUAAUCGCCAGAUGUGUAUUAUAUGUUAAUAGAUUGUAUUUAUUUCCUUCACUGCAAUUUCUGAAGACCGUGAUAACUCUAUCGGAAAUAUGCAGAUAUGGAAUAUUGGAUUGUUCAUGAGAGUGUUGAACAUUAUAUGUCAUAUCAUUUACUGUUGAGGUACACGAAUCAGCCUUGUCAUUCUAGGUUUGGUUCGGAAUUUUUCCGAUUUCUCCGUUAAAAAAGUUAUGCUUAUGUUAUAUGUCCAGUCAUCUUGCCUUGUAGUUUGUUUUGAAUCUUUCUGGCACAAUGCAAACCACACACCAGACGGAUCACAUCAAAUAACCAUGCAACUAGACGAGAUGUCUCUAACAUGUGACUGGUGACAUUGAUGCUGUAGUGUUUACAUGGACACAUGUGCAGAUAUACUUGCCUGUAUCAUAGGGAAAGUCAGCCCAAGUUUCUGUAGUGUAUUACAAAUCAUGCAUUCCAUGUGUGUGUAUUUAACAUACUAUCAUUCUCUAUUUCACAGGAAUAUCCAUGAUAUGGUAUUCUCCAUACCUUCAAAUAUUACAAAAAAACAUCAUGUCAGAGUAAUUCGUUAUGUAAAUUUUUGUAUGUGGGAAAGAUCUAUACUGUAUUAUCUAAAAUAAAUCUCGCUCGAUUAUCCAGCCAGUCUAUAUUCGCCUUUGGUUACUUGUUACGAUACAUGUAUGUUUGUAAUGAAAGUCUGGAUAAACGAGGUGACACUAUUGCACAUUUUCAAAUCAUAUCAUGUUAAAUGCGUUGAAAUGUUUUGAUACAUUUUUAACCAAAGCCAAAGGUAAUGGUUUCCAUCACAGACAAAUUAUGUUCAUAAUUUGCUCCUCUCCCAUCAAUGGCAGAAAUAAUUCAUGGUACAGGUCAUCUUGCCAACCAUUCGUGACCAACUCGUACCAUUCCGGGACUUCUUGUUGUUUCACGGAAAGAUGCGAUUGGUGACGAAUGCUUACAGAUUUCAUGGCAUGUUGGUCAUUCCAACUUAGGGUAUGUUAUAUCUUUCAUCAUCAAAAGUUCAUUUUACAAGAUAUUACUUUCUCGACUUUACCAUCGGUACUUAAGUGAAGGGAGUAUAGUCAACAAGGCCAUAUUCUUGUUCACACUCCAUAUAACUUUGCAUCAGAUGUGUGAUGUCUGCCUACCACACACUUCCCAUCAUCACGCGAGUGAGUUGUUUGUGUGAAAGGGUGAAUGUCACAUGAAUGGCGUCAUACUAUGUAAUCUAACCUCUAUAGGGCGCCUGGCACGGGUCUCAAGUGUCCGACAAUGUCGAUUGGUGAGGGAUCUCGUGCACGGGUCAGCUGGAACAGGUGCCUUUUAUUUGUCCUUCGUUGAAACUGUUUAUUUUUCUCCGCAAGGGUAUGUGAAAACUUGGACAAUAAAGAAUUCAAAGUUA